AUGCGAAUCGAGCAGGAGCUGGCUCAGACGCACAUCGACAGGGACUCGGUGCUGACCAUCGGAGUCUUUGACGGCGUGCAUCGCGGUCAUCAGAGCCUUUUAGCCAAGGUCGUUGCGGAGGCGAAGACGAAGGGCGCCGCCGCUGGUGUGCUUACAUUCCGAAACCACCCGGAUUCGGUGCUAAAUCCCAACUUUCAGCCGCAGUACAUCACGAGCAUUGCGGAACGAAUCCGUCUCAUCAAGGACCUAGGAAUCGACUUUGUUGUGCCUGUGACUUUCGACAUGGAGAUUGCGGGGCUGCGCGCCCGGAAGUUCACCGAACUGCUGCGCAGCAAGCUGCGAAUGCGAGGCCUUGUGGUGGGGCCUGACUUCGCCAUGGGGUACAAGCGCGAGGGCAACGUCGAUAUGCUGUCGGACAUGGGGGCUGAGCUAGGCUUUUCGGUGAGCGUGGUUGACCUGCUGUCGGAUGGUGGUGACGCUGUGCAUAGCACCAGCAUCAGAAAGGCGCUUGUGGAUGGCAAUGUCAAGGAUAUGGCAAAGAAGCUGGGGCGGAACUUCUCGAUAAGCGGCACUGUGGUAACUGGCGACAAGAGGGGCAGGACACUGGGGUUCCCUACCGCUAACAUUGAGGUCGGACUGGAUAUGGUGGUUCCGGGGAAUGGUAUUUACGCGACACUGGCAUUCGUGGAUGGUGAGCGCCACAUGGCGGCGACAAGCAUCGGCACACGACCCACUUUCGACGGUAAAGGACGCACGAUAGAGGCGUUCCUAUUGGAAUUUGACAGCAACCUGUAUAAUAGGAAACUACGGCUGGAAUUCGUACAGCGUCUGCGCGAUGAAUUGAAAUUCGACAGCGUGGAUGCGCUACUAGAGCAGAUGGAGCUGGAUGUAGAGCAAACGCGAAGAUUGCUUGCGGCGAAACCGUAG